GUCACCCGUUUCACGAACCGUCCUCUCUGGCCAAAUUCGGCAUUUUUUUCAAUUUUUAUUUUUUUGCAUUUUUUUCAUGUACUAAUAAAUACCUACAUUUUGUGAAAAUUUCAGAGUCUAACAUUGCGCGGUUACGUAAUAACGACGUCAUCGUAAAGCGUCCUCUUGCAAUAAAUUGGAUAUUUCUGUACCACGAACCGUCCUCUCUCGCGCUCGCGCGCUCAGGACACUUCGUGGUGAAGAAUUUGACGUAAAUUGAUCCGUCUGCUGCACCACGAAGCGGCCGCUUCCCUGGAAAGUUUGCCCGGAUCCAAUUAUUUCAUGUGGCUGUGCAACUUAGAGAAGGAGAUAUCUAAAACAAAGCAGGUAUGCCAAGACCAAAGAAGAGCAAAGGGAAAAGUGGAUCAAGACCGGAUAAAGGCUAUGAUGUUUUGGUGCAAUGGCAUUUGAAUGGUGCAAACAACAUUGUUCAUUCACCACUCCUUCAGUGGACAGGGAAGAUGACAAAAGGGAAAGAGGUGAUCAUGGACUAUGAAGGGACUCUGUGGCAAGGAAUCGUUCUCGAUUCAGAAUAUCUUGAAGAUUCAGAAUCGUCUGAUGAGGAAUUUGACAUCCCCCUGGCACGACUUUCUGACAAAUAUGCAGAAGCAAAACUUGGUCCUCUACCCGUAUCAUCGCCAUCACUUCCUGAAGAUUCAACAGGAUGUGGAUCUGGAUUGCCUGAACCAAUAUCCAUCGCAAGUGACCAGAUAACACAGUCUGAUGAGGAAUUUGACAUCCCCCUGGCACGAAUUUCUGACAAAUAUAAGCAAAACUUGGUCCUCUACCCGUAUCAUCGCCAUCACUUCCUGAAGAUUCAACAGGAUGUGGAUCUGGAUUGCCUGAACCAAUAUCCAUCGCAAGUGACCAGAUAA